ACUGCCGUAUGUUGCUCUGCACCCCCCCUCCCCCUUUUCAUUCAAUGACCUCCUCCUGCUCCUCCUCCUCCGCGCUUCCGGCUCAGCCCUGGGUCCUCCCCUCCAUCUGCAUCGCCAGCCAGCCUCGUAUCUGACUGCCUUGUCGCGCGUGCCCCCUUGUGACGCAUCUUCGUGCCUCACUAAGAAGCCCUCCCGGAUUGUCCUGUCUUCAUUCGUGCCUACAAAUUGGCCGCAUUUCGCUCCCGCAUUCUGCGAUGAAUAAGGCUGCAUCAGCUUUGCCGUCCAUCGUGUUUUGUUUCGGUAAAGAGAUUGUUGUCGAGGGAAUGUUCUCAGAGGGCCUUAGACAGCUGUGAUUGAGUGCUCUGGUUAUAGUGAGGUGUUUGGAUAUCGUGAUAAAGCCUUUUCUUUUUCUUUUCUUUUUAUAUAUAUGUGCAUGUAUGUGUUUUUGUGUGUGUAUGCGUGGGAGAAUGAGUGUGAGAGUGUGUUCUAUUCGGUGAUUCGUUUGUAAUUUCUUUUUCGUUAUGUUCGGGUUAGCUGGUUUUGAUAAUUUUUUGGAGAGUGGGGAAUGAGAGAAGGAUUUGUCGCCGAACUGCGCAGUGAUGUGCGAGUCGAAUUUGUGUAAACUGUGACGAGUUUUUUAAUGGCAUAGAAUGUGGGCGCGCGGGGGUUUUAUUAGCUUUACUUCAUGGUCUUUGUGCUUCCGAUUUACUUUUCUCCGCCAGGUUUUUAUCCUGUACAAUUUGAAUUGUGCUAUAUGAUUUGUGUAUAGAAUCGGCCGGGCAAUCAGAUUCGCCAUAGCCUUGUUGAUUUUGAGGAAGACUUCUAGCCAGCACGGGCGAAUUCUUCUGCUAGAGAGAUUAUAAGGUGGUCUUCUUCUGAAUUUUAUUCUCUUGAAGUGCUGCAAUAGAUUCUGGCAAGUCUGUUUCCGAUUUUUCCACUACGUCUUCACUUCUCGUUUUGUGCGGAGCUGGUACUCCAUCAGGCGAUUUGGUCUGAUCUCGUUACCUCAAGUUUCAAAUGGAUCAGUAUGAGAAAGUGGAGAAGAUUGGAGAGGGCACAUACGGUGUCGUAUACAAGGCCCGGGAUCGCCUCACUAAUGAAACUAUUGCUCUGAAAAAAAUACGGCUGGAGCAAGAAGAUGAAGGUGUUCCAAGCACCGCCAUUCGAGAAAUUUCACUCCUGAAAGAAAUGCACCAUGGCAACAUCGUUCGGCUACAAGAUGUGGUGCAUAGUGAGAAACGAUUGUACUUGGUUUUUGAAUACCUGGACCUCGACCUAAAGAAGCAUAUGGACACCUGCCCGGACCUUGCCAAAGACCCACGCUUGAUCAAGACCUUUCUAUACCAGAUCUUGCGGGGCAUUGCUUAUUGCCAUGCCCACAGGGUCCUUCACAGAGACUUGAAACCUCAGAAUCUUUUGAUUGAUCGACGUACCAAUGCUUUGAAGCUAGCUGACUUUGGCCUUGCACGAGCUUUUGGUAUUCCUGUCAGGACAUUCACUCAUGAGGUGGUAACAUUGUGGUACAGAGCACCAGAAAUUCUCUUAGGUUCUCGCCACUACUCUACACCUGUAGAUGUGUGGUCUGUAGGAUGCAUUUUCGCUGAGAUGGUCAAUCAACGGCCCUUGUUUCCAGGAGAUUCUGAGAUAGAUGAGCUGUUCAAAAUCUUCAGGACACUUGGCACUCCAAAUGAAGAAGUUUGGCCAGGUGUAACUUCAUUGCCAGAUUUCAAGACUGCUUUUCCAAAGUGGCCUCCGAAGCCUUUGUCAUCAGUCGUACCUAGCCUUGAGCCAGCAGGCAUCGACUUGCUAGAGUCUAAUUGUUCGCCUUAAGCAAUGCAUGCAGUCAUAUGCCUCUUGAAACCAGAAUGAUGGGAGCAGCGUAUUCGGAUAUUGCAAUUUGUUCCAAUAUCGGUUUCCAAGUCUUACGUUAUUAGGACACCUGAAACAGAAAAUGCUGACACUUGAGCCAAGUCGACGGGUAACAGCACGAAAUGCAUUGGAACACGAGUAUUUCAAGGAUAUCGGUCUUGUACCCUGAUUCUUGUAUGCAACUUGUAUGAUACUGUCUAGGGUAUCCCUGCAAGGCAGCUACUUUAGAUUCUGAAGAUCGGAUUGCCUCCGUCGCCUUUCCUACUAUGCAAAAAAAAUGCCAUUUUUUUUCCCAACACAUUUUUGAGCAUGUCGAAGUCCCAUGAACUGUAGAAAAGAUUAUGUGCACAAGAUGUGAUGUUUGAUUAUUAGAUAUAUGAUUUGUAUGUAACUAGUGGCAUCUGUUGUGCUUAAGCUUGAGGAACGCGACAACUAGCUGCAUUGUUCACGCAACAUAUGUCAGCCCAUAAGGAAAUAUUUCCUUUUAAACAAUUGAAUUUUAAAUUAUUGCUAGCAGCCGAUGGCAAAGGA